AGGUGGUCUGGACGGGGUAUUACAGCUUAGUGUACAACCUGGUGAAGAUGUCAUGGGAACUUCAGGGUGAUGAAGAACAGGACGGACUUAGAACCCUGAUAUGGCAAACACUGCAAAAGAUAAAGGAUGUUGAGCAAGACCCUCGAAUCCAAGGUGCAUUAAUUAUAGCCCAGGCUGAAUUAAAUGACCCAGUUGGCCCUUUUGGUCGGGACGGCACAAAAGCGACACCAAACGAAGGAGAAGAAAUUUUCUCUAAGUACGUUGGGUGGAGAAUCGCCAACACCCUCUCCAGCCUCUUCUUUCCCCCUCUGGAUGCCCGUGCCCUCCUUUCAAAGAAGCCGGUGGAAACAGAUCUGCAAAGAGAACGCACGGUCAAAGAAGAGCAGCCCGCAAAAAAGAGAGUUCUACGUUUUAUUGUAAAGAAAUUAUUUCUCUUUCCUUUGGCGAGACUGUCAAUCAAGGUACCCUGAUUUCUUCUUGGGGGAAAAUGUCACUUCCUCUGGGGAUUCUGGAUGUGUGGACCUUCAGUCUUAAGUCAGUAGAUGGAAGAAUGAGGGAAAACAAGCCUCUUUGGCAAUGUCACCUGUCACCAGAGGCACGCUGAGAAAACUAUCACACGUCAAGAAAGCU